CGUCUCCCGUCUCUUACAGGAAGCAUAUCUCUCACUCUGCAAGAGAAGAAACUUUGGAAGAUUUGAUAUUUUGUCUCGAUCAGCCAUGGAAGAGAAGAAGCCAGAAUCUGCGACUAAGAACGUUAAGAAGGUUAACUUGUUAGACCAUAAUGCUAUCAAACACCUCCUCGAUGAAUCCGUCUCCGAGAUCGUUACGAGCCGAGGGUACAAGGAGGAUGUGAGAUUGAGAAACGUUAAAUUUCUCUUAGGAGGGAUUAUAAUCGUGGUUGCUCUUGUUGCUCAAUUCUACAACAAGAAGUUUCCUCAGAACAGAGACUUUUUGAUCUGUUGCAUCGGAUUGUAUGUGGUGUUGACUGCGGUAAUGCAGCUGAUUCUGUACAUUAAGGAGAAGAAUGCCAUACUCUUCACCUAUCCUCUUGAGGGAUCAUUCACCAGUACUGGUUUGGUGGUAUCUUCCAAGUUACCCAGGUUCUCUGAUCUGUAUACUCUCACCAUCGACAGUGCUGAUCCGAACUCAAUCUCAGCUGGGAAGUCAGUCCAGCUCACCAAAAGUGUCACUCAAUGGCUCACAAAAGAUGGAGUUCUUGUUGAGGGUUUAUUCUGGAAAGAUGUUGAAGCCCUUAUCAAGGACUACACAGAAGGAGGAGAACCAAAGAAGAAGAGAUGAUCAUCUUAUAAAAGCGGAAAGUAUGUUCAAUCUAGUUCUAAAUCUUAAACAGACUUGAUAACUAAAACCGGUGGUGACAUUUUUUCUGAGAGGAUACAUUGAUUACCCACUCCAUCAGAAGAUUCAUACAUUGAAACCAAAUUUUCAUAUGAUUCCAAGAUUUUAUUACCCCA